AUGCCUCCCGUCGACAAGCCCAUUCAGGAAAAGUACGACGUCGUGUGGAUUGGAGGGGGUAGUGGUGGUGUUUCCGGAUCGCGCCGUGCUGCAUCUUACGGCGCGAAAGUCGCGCUUAUUGAGAGCUCAGACAGACUUGGCGGUACAUGCGUCAACGUUGGAUGUGUUCCGAAGAAGAUCAUGUGGCAUGCUGCAGACAUUGCAGAGAAGAUGCGACACGCACACGGCUACAAAUUUCAAGGCGUGCCCGAACCCAAGUUCGACUGGACCGCUUUCAAGCACCAACGGGACGCAUACAUUCGCAAGCUCAACGGAAUCUACAAUGCCAACGUAGACAAGGAAAACGUCGAGCUUCAUCACGGGUGGGGACGCGUGUUGUCCCCCAAUCAAGUGCAGGUCACUCGUCCCGAUGGCUCCACCUACACGCUAAACACGGACAAAGUCGUUGUCUCGACGGGUGGACGGCCGACAAUCCCUACCGACAAAGACAUACCAGGCGCGUCUCUUGGAAUCAACUCUGAUGGCUUCUUCGACUUGGAGGAGCAGCCAAAGCGUGUCGCUGUCGUUGGUGCGGGAUACAUCGCAGUCGAGCUCGCGGGCGUGUUCCACGCGCUUGGAAGCGACGUUCACAUGGUUAUUCGCGGCGAGACGGUCCUGCGCACGUUUGACCCGUCGGUGGGUGAAGUGCUGACGCGCUGGAUGGAACACACGGGAAUCAACUUCCACAAGGGCAGCAAGGUGGUGCGCGCGGAGGGUGCGCGCGGGCAAGGUAUCACGAUCCACACUGACAAGGGCGAGGCGGUCGAGGUAGACUUGCUGCUAUGGGCAAUCGGCCGACACGCGAACACUGAGAGACUCGGCCUGGAAGAGCUCGGCGUGAAGCUAGACAAGAGGGGGGAUGUGCUUGUCAACGAAUGGCAGGAGAGCAACGUCGAUGGCAUAUAUGCGCUCGGAGACGUUUGCGGAAAGGCACUGUUGACACCAGUGGCUAUCGCCGCUGGACGCCGGUUAAGCAACCGCCUGUAUGGCGGCGAGAAGUUUAAGUGGGAUAGGCUUAGCUAUGAGAACAUCCCGACCGUGGUUUUCUCGCACCCCACUAUCGGCACUGUUGGUCUCACCGAGCCACAGGCGCGUGCGAAGUAUGGCGAUGACAACAUCAAGAUCUACAAAUCCUCCUUCCGUGCCCUUUACUACUCAAUGCUCCCCGAGGAACAGAAGGAGCCAACGAUGUACAAGCUCAUCUGUGCCGGCUCCGAUGAGCGCAUUGUGGGUAUCCAUAUCAUCGGUCUGGGCAGCGACGAAGUCAUGCAAGGCUUUGCGGUCGCCGUAAAGAUGGGCGCUCGAAAGAAGGAUCUCGAUGACACCGUGGCUAUUCAUCCCACGUCAGGCGAGGGUAAGCCGCAUUGUGUGGGACGUUUCUCUGUCGCUGACUUGUAUGAUUGUGCAGAGUUGGUGACGCUGCGGUGA